AUGUCAACUGCUGUAGCAGUGCCAGCGCCGUCUCGAAGGUCGUCUCUACAGAAGCAGUCAGAUACACAGAAGCAUGAGCACAUGACGAUAGAGACCGGUUGGAGACGUGAGUCUGUGCUAAUUUGCAAGCGGCCUGGCUCCUCUAACCCACGAGUGGUGCAAGCUAGGGCGGUUGCCUGUUUGACAGACUGCGGACUCCAACUUGUGAAUAUGUGA